AUGAGUACAUCAGUAAUACAAUCACGACCAUAUACGCCGCAUAUACCAACAUCAUGCUCUCAAUGCCACAUCCAUCUCGAAUUCCCUGUCCCGUCACCCGCCCCGCGCCCGGGAACUAUCCUCAACGUCAGCUGUUUCAGCUGCCAUACCGUCGUCUCACAUGCAUUCUACCCCUCACAAAUUCCCAGCACACCUUUCACAUCUGGGACAUCUGUUAACGGCGAUGCGUCCUCUUCGCAAUCGCAGGCUGCGCGGAAGGGCAGAAAGAUUGGCACACAGGAACGGCCGCUUGAGACAGGAUACUACGAUAUCCUGGGUGUGCCCGUUGAUGCCACUUCAGACGACAUCAAGAAAGCUUACCGACGGCUCGCGAUUAAGCACCACCCGGACAAGAAUCGUGACGAUCCGAAUGCUGGGGAGAUAUUCAAGACGAUUGCAAUCGCCUAUCAAACUCUGUCUGAUCCAGAACUGCGUAGGAAGUACAACGAGUUUGGCCCGAAAGAGAGUGCACCGGAAGGCGGGUUCGUCGAUCCAGAGGAGGUCUUUGGCACCAUCUUCGGGGGCGACCGGUUCAUUCCCAUCAUUGGACACAUCAGCCUUGCGAAAGACAUGAAGAUGGCCCUUCAGGAAGCAGACGAGCAGGAGGACAGCGGUCGGCAAGUCGUGCGGGACGCGAAAGGUCGGGAAGUUCUCAGCCUGGAGGAGAAGGCACGGCGAGACGAAAAGGAGCGCAAGAUGGCCGCCGAGAAAUCAGCUAUUCGCGAGGAGCGGGUGCGCAAGUUGGUCGAGAACCUGGAGCGCAAGCUCGGAAUAUUUGCUGAGUCUGCUACGGGUCCAAACGACGUGCAUGUCACUCAGAGCUACCGCACGAUAUGCAUGCUGGAAGCUCAGGGGCUGAAAGACGAGUCGUAUGGUGUGGAGCUGCUCAACGCCAUUGGGUUCGUGUACGUCUCAAAGGCGAAACAGUUUCAAGCCACAAGUCAAACAUUCCUCGGCGUCGGAGGCUGGCUACACAAUGUCCAAGGGAAAUACCAUGUUUUCAGCGAGACGGUGUCUACCUUGCGUGCUGCCAUGGACCUCAAAAAUGUCUUCGAGCAGAUUCAGGCGGCCGAGAAGGCUGGGAAUCUCAGCCCGGAGGAUAAGCGGCGGCUGGAAGAGCAAGCGGCAGAGAAGGGUCUUCAAGCGCUCUUCAAGGGAGCAAAAUUGGAGAUAGAGUCAGUACUCCGAGAGACAUGCGACCGUGUGCUCGAGGACCCUUCUAUUCCUAGGGCGAAGGCACAGCUACGCGCCAUCGCAUUACUGAUUCUAGGCGAGGCAUACAUGGCAGUCAAGAAGGACCAUGAGGAGGGUCGGGAAGAGAGCGAAUAUGUCAAGGUGGAGACCAAGAACAGUCGGCAGAGGGACGCUCAACGUGGCCCUUGA